AUGAGUGAAAUAAAACGAGGCAUGCUUAAAUAUUAUCAUCGAGGCUUAUUAAGUAAAAAAUGGAAAGAAUAUAAAUUUGUACUUUAUGAUUCAAGUUUACUUACAUGGUAUUCUGAUAUUAAACAUAAGAAACCUGAUGGAAUGAUUUUACUUAAAGAUGUUGAACGAUAUAUUUGUGUUGGUCCAUAUACAAGAUGUUUACCUGAUUUUCCUCAUCUUGAUAAUGUAUAUGAUGAAGUGGCACUUAUUGCUUUUCCAAUGUCUGUAAAAGAUCGUGAUCGUGAUAUUGUAUGGCUUUUAUGUGAAGAUCUAGAUGAUUUAAAUUCAUGGAUGAAAACUAUUAUUCAAACAUUACCGUCACGUGCAUUACAUAUGGAAAAAUUCACUAAUGCUCGUUCGUCAUCCGUUGAUGAAAAUAUUGAAACAAUUACAGAAAUAAAUCCAUCUGACAAUGAUAGUUCAGAACCAUUAAUACUCAAAACACAGACAGUUAAACUUCCAUUAUCAGCUGGUCUUAUUGGAGCUCAUAUACUAGGUCAAACAAUGAAUUCAAAACAAAAUCCAUUACAAAAGGCUGGGUAUGAUUAUGGCAAUGCUGAAUGGGGAACUGGUGAAGGCUGGGGUUAUUCUUCACCGUCAAUUGUUCCUGGAUUUGCUGCAAUUGGUGGUAGUGGUUCUCGUUCAACUCAUAUUGACUUAAUUCGUACUGAAGAAGAUGAACAACAAUUUGAAGAUCGCAUCGGUGAAACAGUUGGAGAUGAUGAAGCUGUUGAGCAAGCUACUUAUGAAUUAUCGAAGAAUGAAAUAGACGAUCAAGAGAAUGAAGAAAUACCAAACUACCGUAACGAUAACGAUGAUAUUGAACAAAAUUAUAAUAAUGAUGAUCAAGAAUAUUCAGAUAUGGAAAAAGAUUUUAAAAUGAUUGAUAGUGAUAUUGACAAAUGA